AUGAAGCCCUCCACCAACACCAUCCUCACCUUCCUUUUCACCCUCCUCACCGCCAACCCCUCGGGUGUCUCUGCCCAAGACCAAUGCAUCUCCUCGGCUCAGGCCUUAAUUCCAUCCUGCGCGCAGUCCUGCGUUGUAUCCGCCAAAUCCGCCAUCGGCUGCACCGUCGAAUCGGAUUUUGCGUGCGCCUGUCGCCAACCGGAACGCAUGACCAAAGGGAACCUCGCCCUCACGGGUUGCAUCCUCAAGGCGUGCGGCGGGCGGAACGCGCCGAGGAGUGAGAUUUCUGAGGGGGUGAAGGAGGUGUGUGGGUGCGCUACUGCAGUCGCGAAUGCUGCGAAGAUUGUGGGGGAGGAUGUGACGUUGGCGACUCCGGUGAGGGUUGAGGCUGCUGCUACUACUACUUGGGUUGCUGGUAGCGCUGCGGUGACUGGGAGCUCUUUUACGGCUUGA